GAGAUUCUCCGGUGUUCGUCAUAACGGAAGGUAACGAAGGGGGCCACUUCUGGCUCCACCCCACCACCGGUCGACUCUCCCUUCGGGCGCCACUUGACUACGAAACCAAACAAGAGCACGAGCUUGUGGUGGAGGCGCGGGCUGGGGAGGCCAGGAGCCAGGCGCGGGUGGUAGUGCGUGUGGUCGACCAGAACGACCACGCCCCCGUCUUCCCCAGGGCGCUCCAUGAGACGCAGAUCACCGAGGAGGACGACAGACAUCUACCUAAGACCAUCCUUACGCAGGUGACUGCUACAGACGGCGACGCGGGAGAGUAUGGACUCCUGCGGUAUAGCCUCUCUGGUGAUGGCGUCUCCAGCCACGAAUCAAGGUCCGCUUUCGCCAUUGACCCUCUGACGGGGGCCAUCCGCUUGCUGAGGGACCCGUAA